ACCGGAGGUACACAGCUGAUCAUGACGUCACUCCACUCGUCAACAUGGCGGACUGGAAUAGAGGUCAUGGCUCUGUGGACGACAUGCUGGAUGCUGAAAACAAACGGCUGGCUGAGAACCUGGCCACCAAAGUCUCCAGACUGAAAUCUCUGGCGUAUGACAUCGACAGAGAGGCUGACGAUCAGAACGAGUACCUGGACAGCAUGGACUCAAACUUCCUGAGUGCGACGGGCCUGCUGAGCGGCAGCGUGAAGCGCUUCUCCACCAUGGUCCGAUCGGGCAGAGACAACCGCCGCAUCCUCUGCUACGUCUCCGUGGGCCUGGUCCUGGUCUUCUUCCUGCUGUACUACUUGAUCUCCAGGAUUCAGCGCUGACAGGGAAACCCAAGAUCAGCCAGGAGCUGGUCCUGAUGUGGAGCCGAGACUACAGACUCGUAUUUGAUAGGUUUAAAUCUUCUCUGUGGUUCUCCUGCACAGUGAAAAGACUUUUUUUCACAUGAGAAAACAUUUAGUUGAAGUAUUGAAAGUGACCAGCAGGGGGUGUCGUCCUUAGCGGGGGAAGGGGGGGGGGCGCGAUCAUACCAAAGAUGCCUGGGCUCUUCCACUCUGCACCACCUUUGUCACUAGGUUCGUUGGAAAUGAGCCAGGCCCGCGCAGAAUUGUGCCCCCCCCCUCAUGCAUACUGAUUAGAUUUGUGUCCGUCAUGCACACAUGGGCUACGAUGACAUCACAAGAACAAGGCAGCCACAGUUUUGAGAGCUAGGCGCCGUAGUUGCUUUCCUCCAACUGCAUGAUGGGAAACGCCUGGCUCUCAGCUGAUCUAACAGCUGAUUGGUUCGACCAACCACAAGGGCGUUUCAUAUCAACGUGUUCCUUUUCUUUUUUUUAUGUUUGUAGGCGUAUUUUGUCAACACCGGUGUUGUCUUCCCGUCGACCAUGAACUUGUCCUUUCGGGUCAAAAUUGAGUUUUUGUCGCUUCCUUCAACGUUUUUGUCGCUUUUUUUGGUGCUUUUGACUCUUUUCGCGUUUAGUCAGGAGACUGUUUUGAUACCAUUCAAAAAACUUUUCCCAAAUGCUAUAAAAUUGAAUUGAAUAAAACACCCAAAAUGCAAUCAAAUUAAUCAUUAAUUUUACCUGCGAAGACUGUUGAUUGGCUUCCAUGCAAAGUACACCUGUACAUCCAUGUUAUUUUUGGGUAAUUUGGUUUAAAUUAACCCAUAUUUCUCAUAUAAAAAACGCGCAAAUGGGCCAAGAAAAGGUGGUGCCUGAAUGCAGCUCAGGUGAGAAAGCACUCAUUGCAGCUUCAGUGUGAUAGGCUGUUGAACCUGUCAAUACAGACAAACUUGCCCCAAAAUAUCCGUUUCAUUAGAGAGGAGCUAUUGGCUGCUCUUCGGAGCACCUGGUGACGUCGCCAGGUGUUGAAGGACUGCCAAUCAACUGUUUUAUUUUCAUGUCUUAUUGUUUGUGUUAGCACAUAGCUCCUGUUAGCUUCUUUAUUGCUCAGACAACCUCCGAGUACCCUGAGCUCAAAAUCCAACAUGGCUGCCCCGUGCCUCAACAGCAGUAAAAGUGAUACAACAUAAUGUUUAUUAACACUUCUGUCUCUUUUGAGUGUCCCUACAACUGUGUCUUAAACACAGUCCUGUCCAACUUCUGUCCAGCGUAAUGCGUUAUAAACUGGUACUGCAUAGAAUGGCUAACCUGGCUAGAGCAUCACCACAAUGAAAAAUCUGACUUUGUACAUUGUUUUUUUCUUCUUUUUAAAAAACAAUAAAUUUUAUUCAUUGACUUGUUAAAUGGAACGCGUUUACCUCGGGUGUGACGUCAUUCCCAACUCCGGUCCGUCGCAUACUGUAACUCCUGAUUCUGUUUCCUGUUUUUGAAACCCUAAACAUCACCGUGUUCACUCGUGUUUUACUUUAGUUUGAUGAGCCGCUUUAUAUCAUUGUGUGCAACGCCCAUUUCAUAUUAAAUGUUGGGACCUGUUUUCAUUAUCGUUACAAGGACAUUUUGUAUAAUGAUCACAUUUAGGAUACAUACAGUAUAUUUUUUUUAACCCACAUUCAGUCUCAGUGUCCACAGCAGAUCACUGCUGAAAGAGAUUGGAUGAGAUUUAAGAGUUCAAAAGAGUUUCCAUGUCUUUAUUCAAUUACAUUUUAUUUAUAGUAUCAAAUCAUAAGAGGCGUUAUCUCAGGACACUUUACAGAUAAAGUAGGUCUAGACCACACUAUGAUUUACAAAGACCCAUUGAACAAUUGCAGUAAUUUCCACAAGAGCAAGCAUUUAGUGUGACAUUCCAGUCUGGACUGCUAAUCAGACAGCUACAUUUUUUAUUAUUAUUAAUACAAAAGUAUCAAAUGGGUUUAAUUGUGCAACUGGACAUGGUUUUAAUUAUUAGGUUAUGGGUGUUAUGUGAGGUUUACUAACAAUAAUUGAUUGGCACAUUUAUACUACAGUGUUAAUUAAAUAAAGAUCUAUCU